AUGGCGGCUCGAAGCGUCGAAUCGUCCUAACUUUAUCGCACAAUAAUAAACAUAACAAUAUACACAGCUGUUAUCACAUAACAUGGGGAGAAACUUACCUGAGAGGCCUGAGACGCUCUAGUUGGGGAACAUUACUUUGACCACUAACGUUACGGCUAAAAGGAGUUAAAACGCAGAGACAUGAUGGAGGAUCCUAACACACGGUACAGCAAACGCCUGCGCACAGGUACACGGCGCCGCUACCAGGACGAUGGAAUCUCAGAUGAUGAAAUCGAAGGGAAACGAACAUUCGACCUGGAUGAAAAGUUGCAGUGCAUCAGGUUUAACUCUGAUUUGAUCAAACACAUGGAGGGUAAAGAUUUCACAUUUGAAUACAUCCAGAGAGAAGGGCUCAGAGACCCCAUUAUCUUUGAGACAGGGGAUGGCCUUGGCAUACAAAUGCCAGACCCUGAUUUCAGUGUGAGUGAUGUCAAGUUGUUUGUUGGGAGUCGACGCAUUGUAGACGUGAUGGAUGUGAACACCCAGAAGGGAAUUGAGAUGUCAAUGGCUCAGUGGCGACGCUACUAUGAGACGCCGCCAUCAGAAAGAGAAAAACUCUACAAUGUCAUCAGCCUGGAGUUCAGCCACACCAGGCUGGAGAAUCUGGUCAAACGACCGGCGUCGGUGGACCUUAUUGACUGGGUGGACAACAUGUGGCCUCGACAUCUCAAGGAGAGACAGAGAGACUCCACUAAUGCUAUCAUUGACAUGCACUAUCCCAAAGUACAGAAGUACUGUCUCAUGAGUGUGCAAGGCUGCUUCACAGAUUUCCACAUCGACUUUGGAGGCACUUCAGUCUGGUAUCACAUCCUGCGAGGAGGAAAGGUGUUCUGGCUGAUUCCACCCACACCACAGAACCUGGAGAUGUAUGAGAACUGGGUCUUAUCAGGAAAACAGGGAGACAUCUUCUUGGGGGACAAGUGUCAUGACUGCCAGAGGAUAGAGCUCAAGCAAGGCAACACCUUCAUCAUCCCAUCAGGGUGGAUCCACGCCGUGUACACCCCAGAGGACACGUUGGUGUUUGGGGGGAAUUUUCUCCACAGCUUUAACAUCCCCAUGCAGCUCAAUAUCUACAGCAUUGAGGAUCGCACACGGGUGCCACCAAAGUUCCGCUACCCGUUCUACUAUGAGAUGUGUUGGUAUGUCCUGGAGAGAUACCUUUACUGUCUGACCAACACCUCCCACCUCACUCCUGAGUUCCAAAAAUACUCCCUAGGCAUAGGACUGACCCAGGCUGACCUUGAAACGAUUGAUCACAGCGGGAAUGGCACCUCCAAUGGAGUUGACAGUGACAAUGAAAACCAGAUGAUUGAGUUCAAGGAAGAAGUCAAAGAAGAAGAGGUAGCUGAAGUUACCACCCCUCAGCAUGUGCUGACUACCUUUGAGCUGGAGGGAUUGUGUAACCUCUUAGGGAAGCUGGAGGAGUUGCCACCUCACAAAAAGUGUGUCCCUGCAGGCAUCAGGGAUGCCACAGCCCUGCUCGACGACAUGAGGGCUCUUCUGAAGGAGCAUGCCAAUGAUGACCCCAAGCUGUCCUACACUGGAGAGCCCAUUGUCAGGUGGCCUGAGAGGCCAACAUGGUACCAGCCCCCAACUCCUCCUCCCCCUGUCCUUUACCGUCCUCGCUUGGGCCCCACCCUCCACAAGCCUCUCGGUCAGAGGUCCACCAAACGCUCCUCCAUCUCUGCCCUGAGGCGCAGACGGGUGAGAUGCAAGCGCUGUGCUGCUUGCUGCAGGAAGGAGUGUGGCACCUGCCACUACUGCCACGACAUGAGGAAGUUUGGAGGGCCUGGACGCAUGAAGAAGGGCUGUAUCAUGAGACAGUGUCUAGCACCUGCCCUGCCAAACACAGCGCGAUGUGCCAUAUGUGGAGAAGGGGAGUCAGAUGAAUCAAAUCCGAGCACUCACUCACUCAUGGAGUGCUCCGUCUGCUCGCAGAUUGCCCAUCGUCAUUGCAUUAAGGAACCUGGUGAGGGGAAGAUCAAUAAGGACUUGCCCAGCUGCUGGGAAUGUCCCAAAUGUUACCAAGGCAAAGACUCAGCAUCAGAGUCUUCCAGCGAUGAGGAAAGUGAGGAGUCAGAAGGCUCGACCUCCUUGCCACCGUCCAAACUUGCAUACCGAGAAGGCAUUGGCGUAGGUGAGGGGGUGAAACGAGGGAGACGUAGCAGACCCCCAUCCCUUCCCACAGCACCGCCACCUUCUCAGAAACUGCUACUGCAGCAUCAACAGAACCGCAAAAGAGCAAGUGCACUGGAACUCAGACUUAAGAAGAGGAUAAAACUGGAGCGCAGCAAAAUCCUAACGAAACAGUCGUCUCUAGAUCGUUCUUCAAGGCUGCUGGGCUCCAGAUUGCUGUCCCGGCUGCGCUCUCCAACCAGCAGACUAUCUCAGGGCAGAGGCCGGGGCUCCACCUGGGUGAGUGGCUCCCCUUACCUCAGCUCUCCAGGAGGGACAGGGUCCUUCCAGCAGCAGCAGUCUUUUGGUCUGGAACUUGAGUCCAAGGGAGAGCCCCGCAGAGGGAGGGGAAGAGGGGUGAGGUUGCGGGGAGGAGGAGCAGGAAGAGGAAUCAGAAGUGGUAGAAGCCAUGGAGAGUUGGAGGAGGAGAGCGAGGACAGCAGCAGCAGCAGCACCAACAGCAGCAGCAGCGACGAGGAAGAAGAGAGGGGGCAGAUCAGUGGGAGGGGAUUGGAUAAAGAGAACCAGCCACAGUCAAGGCAUGGAGGACGAGCAGCCAAAGAAAGAGAAGAGGACGGGGGAGAGAUGGCCAACCAAAAUGGUGCUGAGGAGGAUGACGAGGAGGAGAUGGAGCAGGACAGUCAAACGGGGGGCAAAGACGGCUCAUAUCUUAAAGUGACACUCCAAAAGCCAACCAGGGCCAGGCAGGACCCAUCAGCAAUUGUCCCCAAAUUGGAGGCUGUUGCCCCUCAAACUGCCACUUCCACAAUACACAACCAGGCCAGAGCCCUCGUCAGACCCCCCAUUAGAAAUCGUGGCCCCUGUCCUGAUCAGCACUCCAAUAGGCACACACCACCACACACUCGCAGUGGACACACAGACACUCGUACCUCCCACCCAGAGAGGGCGGAGGCCUCUAACAGAACAAAGCAGAGCAGGCCAGCUAAACUGAGCAAUGGUGCCUCCUGUUCUUCAUCUACUGAGCUUCCUCAUCUCCGCAUCCCUCUGUCCGCCCUGCAGGAAGGAGGGAGCGAGGCAGACAGGGAGAACGGUGGGAGCGGGCCGGGCUGUGAGAGGGAGGUGUGGGUGUCUGUCUUCCGCUACUUAAGUCGAGCAGAUCUCUGCGUCUGCAUGGCUGUUUGCAAGAACUGGUACAAAUGGUGCUUAGACAAGCGGCUUUGGGCACGGAUUGACCUGAGCAUCAAACGCACCGUAACUCCUCAGGCCCUGACAGGCAUCAUAAAGAGACAGCCGGUCACGCUUGAUCUCUCUUGGACCAACAUCUCUAAAAAGCAGCUGAACUGGCUGGUUGGCCGCCUGCCUGGGCUGAAGGAUCUGAUGCUGGCAGGUUGUUCCUGGUCAUCUAUUUCAGCACUCUGCUCCCCUGGCUGCCCUCUCCUCCGUUCUCUGGACCUGCGGUAUGCAGACGGAGUAAAAGACCCUCAGAUCAGGGAUCUAGUCACCCCUCCAGGCUGUGACAAUCGCAGUCAGUUGCGGACCAUGCAGUGUUUGCGACUGGCAGGCCUGGACAUCAGUGACUCCACUCUGCGCCUGGUGAUCCGCCACAUGCCCCAUUUAACAAAACUGGACCUCUCCCACUGCAACAGCCUCACCGACAACUCCAUCAACCUGCUGACUGCAGUGGGCUCGUCCACCCGAAACACGCUCACAGAGCUCAACCUCGGAGGCUGCAGUAAACUGACAGACACAUGUCUGAAGUAUCUCCGCCGCCUCUCUUGCAUCUCACUGCUCGACUUGCGAGGCUGUAAAGGUGUCUCCCGCAAGGCGUGUGAGGCCUUCAUCUCCGAGCUGUCGGUCAACACGCUCUACUGCCUAUCAGAUGAAAAACUGAUCCAGAGGAUAUCCUAAGCACCCUCCUCUUCUGACUGCAGAGGUGAUUCGAGGUUCAAAGGCAAGAGAGCUGAUCCUGAUGUGAAUCUGUGUAACACAAAGGACACAGACAGGCAGGGAAGUUCACAUGCAACACGUAAAAGGAGGGGUGGGGUCUAAACUUGGAGUGCUUACUCACUUAACCGGUGUUGGUGAAAGGGGUUGUCAGAGCUGGAGCAAUGUUUCUUGCAGCGUUAUAUAAAUUGUUUUUCCAGUGUACCUACAAAGAGACUCAGGAGUUUUUUUUCUGUUGUUCUUUUGGGAAAUAAUCUUGUAUGGAAAAAGCAAAAAGUCUCUUUUUUUCAUGGCCAGGAGUGGGAGAACAUGGGCAAUUAAUUAGCUGUAUCCUACGCAGCCUGUGGACAACCAAGUGCUCAGCUCUUCUUAGGAGAUACUCCAGUCUUGACUCCUAUCCUGCCUUGAGAGAGAGAGAGAAGCAAAGACUUUUGAGUUUCAUCCUCGUGGUAGAACUGCAUUGUUCUGUUUGGCUGAUAAAGUCUUAUUUAUCAUCAUUUGAUUUCAGCUACCUUUGGUUGCUCCAAAAAGAUAUUUUUGUCAGGUUCAAGAGAGCAGAAGUAAAGUUGUUUGAUGACUUAUGCUUUAUGCACAACAUCUAUGCUUUGAGAUUUUUUUUUUCCUUUAAGACAACUAAAGGUGACGGGUCUUUCACUUCAUGACUUAUAAAGUGGGUGACAGGAAGGGCCUGUGUUUACCAUAUGGUAUGUUCAGCUUAUUAAGGCACUUGGGUGCAACAGUAGUGCAGUGGCAUACUUGAUGAGCAUACAUGGACAUCGAGUGGCAGGUAUAUAAGGGUAAAAAGACAGCGUGAGAAGGCAAUCGACAUAGCAACAAGACCUCACCCCAAAAGAGGGCAGGUUGCAUACGUGCAAGGGAUAAGCCAAGGAUUGGGUGUCAGUAAAUGGUGCAUCUUCAAACAACUGUUAGACUUCAGGUGCUAUUAUUUCCAAACUCCUCUUGCUUUGUUUUUGUACAGAGACAACAUUUAGAGCAAAAGUGUUAAUAUUCUAGAUGAAACUGCUCCCCACCCCUCUUUGAUACACCUUUUUCUUUUCAUGGAUGAAAAAAAAAUUCUACUUUUCACCAAAUUUCAUGACCUUGUCCAAAUCAAUGUAGAGAUGUAUGAUUUUGUUUGGGUGGGGUAUUGCGAAUUUCUUUGUUCCCUUCAAGUGUAGUGGUUCUGUAUCAAAGGUCUCCUCCCAGACUGCUCUCCUGUCCAUAUCCCUUCAAAUGAAUAUAAGUAUAUAAAUAUAUACUUUUGUGUAAAUGUGUUUUCCUCUUUUCGAGUAUCAAAACGGGAAUCCUGUAGCAUUGUAAUUAUUUUCAGAAGCCUUUUUCACUUUAUGUUAUUUGUGUUAUUUUUCAAGAAAAAUAAAAAAAACCAUAAACAAUG